UGGGCGCCUCCUUGAUCUCCUCCUCCUCCUUCUCUUGCUCACUACCUAGCCUAGUCAUUGUUGCCUUUACCAGUAUAAAACCGAGAAAUCACACUGGAAAUUCAUCAGUGUAAAAAUAGCAUCUCCAUCAACACAACCAGACAAUCAUGAAGUGCUUCGCCGUUCUUGCCGUUGCGGGUGUAGCUGCUGCUUACCCUCAUGCCCGCCCUGACGACCCCUACUCAGUGCCCGGACCCCAAUACGAGCAAUCCUAUGAGCCCGCUCCCAAGCAGGUUUACAAGGCUCGACCAGCCUAUGGCAACCCCAAGAGCGAGGAGUACUUCCCUCCCCAGCCUUAUCAAUUCGAAUACGGUGUGUCUGACCAAUACACUGGCACUGCCUUCAAGGCCGCUGAGAACCAGGAUGAUGCUGGAAACGUUUUGGGCUCCUAUGAGGUCCAGCUUCCUGAUGGCCGUCGUCAGAUUGUGACCUACGUUGCCAACGAGAAGGGUGGCUUCAACGCUGAUGUGAAAUACGAGGGUGAGGCCCAAUACCCUCCCGAGCCCGCUGAGGGAUACGGCAAUACCUACAAGAAGAGCAACAAGUAUGCCCCCUCUCCCUCUAAGUAUGCUCCUGCUCCUUACCAACCGGAGCCCAAGCCCUACGAGAGCUAAAUAGUCAAUAGUCCGGAGAACGCCCCAAUGGUUCAGUUUUCCCUGAACCCUACGUCCCCUUCCCCACUGUGAUCUCCCUAUCUUUUUUAAUGUUGUUACGGCGGCCUUCGGGUUGUUAUCACUUCGCCACAUUUCUGGCCAUUGAUACGAACGCCUCUUCUUAACACUAACCACAUGGCGACCCUUUUCGGUUGUUUUGUUCCACCUAUCAAGACUAGGAAUCAUGAUAAUGACCACAACUAUUGUAAAAUCGUUGUUUCUUUAUUGCCUUCUCCGCUAGAUGCGAGAGGUUCUGGGCUCAUUUCGUUUCAGUUAUGUGGUGAAGAAUUUCUCAAUUUUAAACGAAUAAACAUGCAAAAACGUA